UUUCCUUUGUGACACCAAUGUAUCAGUUGUUGAUCCUUGGAGAUGAAGAAGUAUCUCAUCCCAGCUGGAAACGUGCUUUGUGUCUGAAUUGAAGAUUUCUGUUGUAACUCAGUGAAAUCCACUGGAGCCUGGGUGCUGAGAACAUGCCAGCAUUUGUUCACUCGAGAUCAGUUCUUCAACUGCAUUGAUUGUGCAAGAAAUUCACUAUAUCUGAUAUUUGACUUGAUGAGUUGACAGCAGAGAGAUGCUCACCUGCUCUAAGUGUGGGAAGGGAUUCACUCACUCGGCCAACCCUCAGGCAUAUCAGAGAGUUCACAGUGGGGAGAGGCCAUUCACUUGCUCUGUGUGUGGGAGCUCACACCACAGUGCUAGGGUUCAUCUGUUCCUUCUGCAGUAAGCGAUUCAUUCUGUAAUCCAAGUUAAAGUACAUCAGACAAUUCACACCAGUGAGAGGCCGUUCACUUUUCCAUGUGUGAGAAGAGAUUCAUUCACUCAGGUGAACUGCAGAGAUACCAGUGAGUUCACUGGGGCGACAGAGACUGUUCAAUUGUUCCGUGUGUGAAAAGGGAUUAACUCUGUCAUCUGAUCUGCUGGCACACCAGUCAGUUCACGCUGGGGAGAUGCCGUUCACCUGCUCAGACUAUGGGAAGGAAUUUCCUUGGUCUUUUCAACUGAAGGUACACCAACGAGUUCACACUGGGGAGAAGCCGUUCACCUGCUCAGAUUGUGGGAAGGUAUUCACUCAGUCAUCUCACCUACAGACACACCAGCACGUUCACAUGGGAGAGUGGCUGUUCACCUGUUGUGUGUGUGGAAAGGGAAACACUCACUCAUCCCACCUACAAACGCACUUGUCAGUUCACACAGGGGAGAGUCCGUUCACAUGCUCAGAGUGUGGGAAGGGAUUCACUCGGUCAUCUCACUUACUGGCACACCUGUCAGUACACACAGGGGAGAGACCGUUCACGUGCUCAGAAUGUGGAAAGGGAUUCACUCGGUCAUCUCAAUUGAAGUUACACCAGCGAGUUCACACUGGAGAGAGGCCAUUCACCUGUUCUGUGUGUGGGAAAGGAUUCACUCACUCAUCCAACCUACAGACACACCAGCGAAUUCACACUGGGGAGAAGCCGUUCAUCUGCUCAGAUUGUGGGAAGGGAUUCACCCAGUCAUCCCACUUACAGACACACCAGCGAGUUCACACGGGAGAGAGGCCAUUCAUCUGUUCUGUGUGUGGGAAGAGAUUCACUUACUCAUCCAACCUACAGACACACCAGUCAGUUCACACUGGGGAGAGGCCAUUCACCUGCUCAGAUUGUGGGAAGGCAUUCACUCAGUCAUCUCACCUACAGACACACCAGCGUGUUCACACGGGAGAGAGGCCAUUCAUCUGUUGUGUGUGUGGAAAGGGAUACACUCACUCAUCCCACCUACAAACGCACUUGUCAGUUCACACAGGAGAGAGACCGUUCACAUGCUCAGAGUGUGGGAAGGGAUUCACUCGGUCAUCUCACUUACUGGCACACCUGUCAGUACACACAGGGGAGAGACCGUUCACGUGCUCAGAAUGUGGGAAGGGAUUCACUCGGUCAUCUCAACUGAAGUUACAUCAGCGAGUUCACACUGGAGAGAGGCCAUUCACCUGUUCUGUGUGUGGGAAAGGUUUCACUCACUCAUCCAAACUACAGACACACCAGCGAAUUCACACUGGGGAGAAGCCGUUCACCUGCUCAGAUUGUGGGAAGGGAUUCACCCAGUCAUCCCACUUACAGACACACCAGCGAGUUCACACGGGAGAGAGGCCAUUCAUCUGUUCUAUGUGUGGGAAGGGAUUCACUCACUCAUCCAACCUACAGACACACCAGUCAGUUCACAUUGGGGAGAGGCCAUUCAUCUGCUCAGACUGUGGGAAAGGAUUCACUCAGUCAUCUCAGUUGAAGCUACAUCAGCGAGUUCACACUGGUGAGAAGCCGUUCACCUGCUCUGAAUGUGGGAAGGCAUUUACUCAGUUGUCCAACCUUGUGACACACUACCGAGUUCACACUGGGGAAACUGUUUAAAUAAGCUGCAUGCUGACCAUCACAGUUGCUGAAUCCAGGUGCAAGUUCAAAAGAGACUGUUGGUGUUGAACUCUGCAAUUAUUACUGCUGCUCAUCAUACCCAGUUCUGCACCUGGGUCACCGGGCAAGGGAGGAGUUUCUUCCGCUGAUGUUCAGCUUUAAUGGACUGGAGUUUGAUAUUCUGUAUCUGUGACAAAUAAAUCAGUUCUAUUUUAAACUCGGUCUCAGCUAGUUAGUGAAUCUCCAUCACACCCUGUGUACAGUAGGGAGACUACUCAGCCUCACUGGACUCUACCAGUGCUUCUGUUCUACAAAAGUCCUUUUAAAUCCAUCCCUGAUGUUCACCUCUCGCUCUCCUUGUG